AUGACAGCUGAGCUGAAGAACAUUCUGGUCCCUGCCAGACAGACAUGGGCCCAUCUCAAAGACCACUUCAACCACUGGGGAGAGCCCACCACUGGGAGACCCCACCACUGGGAGAGCCCACCACUGGGAGACCCCACCACUGGGAGACCCAACCACUGGGAGAGCCCACCACUGGGAGACCCCACCACUGGGAGACCCAACCACUGGGAGACCCCACCACUGGGAGACCCAACCACUGGGAGACCCAACCACUGGGAGAGCCCACCACUGGGAGAGCUCACCACUGGGAGACCCCACCACUGGGAGAGCCCAUCACUGGGAGAGCCCACCACUGGGAGAUCCCACCACUGGGAGACCCCACCACUGGAGAGCCCACCACACCCCACCACUGGGAGACCCCACCACUGGGAGAGCCCACCACUGGGAGAGCCCACCACUGGAGACCCCACCACUGGGAGCCCACCACUGGGAGAGCCAACCACUGGGAGACCCCACCACUGGGAGACCCCACCACUGGGAGAGCCCACCACUGGGAGACCCCACCACUGGGAGACCCCACCACUGGGAGAGCCCACCACUGGGAGACCCCACCACUGGGAGACCCCACCACUGGGAGAGCCCACCACUGGGAGACCCCACCACUGGGAGACCCCACCACUGGGAGACCCCACCACUGGAUAA